GGGGACUGAACAGAGAACUUAGGCAGUGGGAUUUUAUCCGUCCACUAGUGUAUUGUUAGUUGGUAUUAUUACACAAAUACACACAAAAAGGUAUCAUGUAUGUAAAUGUAAAAUUCUUUUGAAUAUUUAUCAAUAUAUGCCUAUAUGGAAGUUUUGUGCCUGGUUUUCGCACGUGUAUAUAAACUUUAGAUAUCCCUUGGAAUAUUUGCAUUAACGGAAAUGUUUCUGUUUUUAAUAAUAAAACAAUGAAUAAUUACCCAUUUACAAUGUCGAAUAGUUGCACUAGAGACUGAAAAUAGAUUCAUAGACGAAUAUUUAAACGGACGAAAAGUUGUAUCGUGCAGCUGAAGUUAUUAAAACACAUUGAAUUGAAGAAUGAAGUUGUAUGAUCAACGAAAGAUGUAACCACGACAUCAGGAAUAAAUGUAUAAAUUGAUAGGAAAAGAGUUAUUAGCUGCCCUCGAAAUGCUGAUAGUUUCUAAUCUGGAAGAUGUGAUCAAUGGAAAACACUUUAUAUAAUAUUACAGCUAAUCCGACAUCUGUGAGGACUAUAAAUGCCACUUUCUCCAACUCCGACGUCAGUAACAUUGUUCUAAGCAACAUUGGUACUACAAAUGAUGGUCGAAUACCAGACAGUAGCAUCAACAUGCCAAAGAAUGAUGACGUCAGUCUGAGAAAAACACGUCGUGGUAUAGCACAUUCACGUUCCUUGAACUCAAAAGCAUUCUGUAAAACUUUGUGCAGAUUUCUUGGUCGAAAUUUUCAUUCACCGGUACACGCACAGGAUAGUCACCUGACAUCAAAUAAUAAUCUCAGUAGUAUCGACCACGUUUCACUGCACAGUCAUGAUUCGGUAACAGACUUAUUGAAAACCACUGUAAAUAUCCCAGCAUUUCUUAGAGCUCGUAAACACAACAGUCGUGUUAUGUUGAAUGUAGGAGGUGAACGACAUGAAGUCAUGUGGAAGACACUGAGACGUCUACCGCUAUCUCGUCUUGGUCGAUUGAGUUUAUCCAACAGCCCUGACGAACUCAUCCAGCUGUUCGAUGAUUAUUCAGUCGAGAAAAAUGAACUAUACUUUGAUCGUUAUGCACGUUCCUUCGGUUCAAUACUUAGUGUCUAUCGUACAGGACAUUUGCACUUUUUAGAAGAUAUCUGUGUACUAGCCUUUAAAAAUGAUUUAUUCUACUGGGGCGUCAAUGAAUAUCAAUUAGAAACUUGCUGCUUCUAUAAAUAUUAUCAGAAAAAAGAACAAGUUGAAGAAGAGUUGAAGAAAACGAGAGAGAUAAGCAUGUCACAAGCUCAAGAAGAACAGUUUGGCACAGGAAAAUGGGCUACAUUACAAAAGCAUGUGUGGGACUUAGUGGAGAAACCACAAACAUCAAUGGCUGCUAGGUCUCCAGUUUUGGCUAAAGUCUGUCGAUCAAAUACCCAGUGUAAAACUAAGCCAACUGACAGAACAAGAAGGUUCAAUAUGUGA